GGCUCAGGCCUAUUAGAAUUAAUUUUUUAAAUGGCAAAACUUGUAAGAUCUUCAUUGAGGUCUUAUGUGGAGGGUGUCAAAAAAACCAUUGCUCUUAAACCGCUUGAUGACAGUGAGAAAUUGAUGCUUUGGGACCUGAGGGACGAGGAUUGUGUUAAUGAGUGGGAAUGUAUUAGUGAUGAAGAAAGAGGAGGAGGUUCUCAAGCCACUUUUAAGUCAAACAAAAAAGGUACGGGCUCUGUCUUUGAAGGUGUUUUAAAUACUAGCAUUAAAAACACAGAGCUGAAAUACAGUGGAUAUUGUGCCAUUAGAUCAAAGCCAGUAAAAUAUCGCAGCUUAGAUUUAAUGAAAAUGGAUCGAAAAGAUGUCUCCGAAUUUGAUGCUUUUGAGAUUCGAGUGAGAGGAGACGGACGGAAAUUCUUUGCUAACAUUCAUGCUCCAGGACUAGCGACCAGGGCAGAUAACUUGUGGCAAUACUUCAUAUUCACUAGGGGAGGCCCAGAAUGGGAGGACAUUAUACUUCCUUUUCAUAAAUUUUUCCUGACUCACCGUGGCUAUUUUCAAGAUCGUCAAGUCGUCUUACCUUUAAAAUCUAUCGCAACAUUUGGCCUGUUAGUAGCUGAUAGAGUUAAUGGGCCAUUCAAACUCGAGAUACAACACAUAAAAGCAGUCCGAUGUAAAGAAAUACAUACAGAGGCAUCAGAAAAAGAGCUAUUUGAUUACUGAAGAAUUAUGAUUUAUAAUAAAGAGAACUUGCUAUAUCAAUGUAUUAUUAGUUUGAUUAUGAGUCAUCAUGCAGGUCUAUAUA